AUGGCAAGUGCACAUCCCGUCUCAUUUUUCGCUUCAAGCUGUCUUAUUCUGCCAGAUGAAAAUGAAAUCGGCGAAGGAGAGGAAGUGAAUUUGGUGGACGUCGACGAUGAUGCCACGUACGGGACUGUCGUGUGCGGCGUUCGCAGAUACUUCAGUCAUCAACGGCAACAAGUCGCCACUAGUCACUAUCGCUUUCCUAUCGAUUUGGAGGUAAAUUUUAGCAUGUCGGCGCCUUCGAAGUUAAGAUAUUUGACCAUAGAGAUUGUUCACCAGCUCAAGUUGCCUCGUAGAGUGAGGAUUGAUGGUCCACGUAAGGUGGCAUAUGAAAUCACGGAAUUAAGACCGCAGCCGAGACCACCGACUAAACUGCAACUUCAAAAACUGGAAAAACGUUAUUUUGUCGUCGCUAACAAUAUCAAGACGGGCAGAGUGUUUGCUGUGCCGGUGAACAAAAAAAGACAGGUAUUGUUCACAGUGAAAGGCGAAGACACGCGCCCAAACAAAGUGGACGACCACGCCCAUCUGCUUUAUGGUUUGGUCGACUUCUGCGGUCUCCCGCGGAUUGGAAAUAACGAGACCAACUCUAUGUUCUAUGAAGAUCCUUUGCCAGUAGUAAAAGUGUCUCCCAGACCUGAAAUCACUCGCCAACGAAUCCAAUCUAGCAAAAAAUGUUACCAGUUGAUACCAACUUACGAGAAUGACCGCAUUGCUGUGGUUUUUGCGUCUAAAGAUCUAGACAUGUCUAGUCAAACCCCGUCAUCUUACGGCACAAUUCCAAGAGAAGUACACUUUUAUGAAACAUUGCGAGGUAGCUCGAGUAAUAACGCUCUCUUUGUGAAGAAAUACGAACCCCCGUUUGCCAAACGAAAUGUCAACCUCGAGAAUGCUGCUCUUGAAUAUCAACUAAAUCAACUGAAACAGCAAGUACUACAAGCUGAGUUGGAUCAACUAGCUAUAGUCAAAACAAAAAGUAAGGAUUUGUAUUCUUCUCCAGUUCUCUCUCCACGUGCAAUGAUGUUUGACAUUCUAAAUAGAAAACCUGUAUUGACGCAAAGAGUAACUGUUGAAUGUAGUCCCCCCACUAAUUCAAAACAGGUGAUGAAAAGGGAAGUCGAUUUAACUAAAAUUUUACAGUCAAAUCCACUAGAAAACAAAGAAAAAUUCAAACUUUUAAGCCUAACAGGAAGUCCGCAUCCAAUCCAAUGCAAAGUUGACACGAGGCUCCCAAGGCUGCCACCCGUGACAGCAAAACCAGAGCUACCCCUGCAUUCAACGUCUCGAUUACAAGACACUGAGCAAUAUCUAAAUGUACCUGAAGCUGGCGCAUAUAUAAAGAUAUUAGGGGAGGAAGGAAAUCAGUCGAGUGAGGAAUUUGGCGCAGAAGAGAAGAAGAACCAGAUUCCAAUAGCAGAAAAACGGCAAAACCAAUGCUACCACCGUAUACAAAGCCUGGACGACGAGUCACCGUGA